AUGCUUAUUGCUGUCAAGAUUGCACCUUCCUAUGUUGUAGAAUGUCAAUGGUGGGAAAAGAGCUCUCUGAGCAUGCGCCACUCCCCCACGAAACUGAUUCCCGAACUAGUAUUCAAUACCAGAAGUGGAGGGAGUCCAGGCUACGCACGCAAGGAAGAGGAGGGCUAUCUGGUGAUGCUGGCAUCGAUCUUGCUGCUGAAACCAUCAAGGAACACUGCAAGCCGCUUUGCACGUAUGCUGGAGCUAUCUCUCCAAGGCACAGGCGUCAAGCGACGCCUCAUAGAGGUGCUUGACGGUCUGGGAGUCACAUAG